AACAUCGAUAUUUUUGCAUCCCUAACACAUAUACAAGUCAAAUUCGGGAGAUAGUUCUGGAAUUUCGUAGUUUUAAUUAAUAAUAAAGCAGAUUAAGCCAAGCAAAGCAGCCAAUAUGUCGGACUGGGACUCUGUGACCGUUCUGCGCAAGAAGGCGCCCAAGUCGUCCACGCUGAAGACGGAGUCGGCGGUGAACCAGGCUCGCCGCCAAGGAGUCGCCGUGGACACCCAACAGAAAUAUGGUGCUGGCACCAACAAGCAGCAUGUGACCACCAAAAACACUGCCAAGCUGGACCGUGAGACUGAAGAGCUGCGCCACGACAAGAUUCCCCUGGACGUUGGCAAGCUAAUCCAGCAGGGACGCCAGGGAAAGGGGCUCAGCCAGAAGGACUUGGCCACUAAAAUCUGCGAAAAACAGCAGGUGGUGACCGACUACGAGGCUGGACGCGGAAUACCAAACAACUUGAUCCUCGGCAAGAUGGAACGCGUGCUGGGCAUCAAGUUGCGCGGCAAGGAGCGCGGCCAACCAAUAGCGCCUCCCGCCAACAGCACCACAAAACCAACAUCAGCACCACAACAGCAGCAGCAGCAACACCGACAUAGGGAGCAACACCAUCAGCAGGAGUCUGGAGGCUGGAGCACGGUGAGCGGCAGACGCAAAUGAAGCAUUAUCGGGAGGCUGGCGAACCAAAUCAAAUCGGGUCACGGCAGCAGCAGCAACAACUGCAGAGAGGAGCAGCAAAAACCCAGCAGCAGAGCAACAAAAGCAACUAAGCCAACUAUGAGCGCCAAUUUCGUAAAAUGUUUAUUCCAAGCCACAGAAACCAAAUGGUUGACCGAGGCAUUUGGCCCUGUCAAUCCUUAUUCUUUCUACCGUUCAAAUUAACCAUUGUAAUUACCAAAAAAAAAUACACAUAACCACAAGCAUACAUCGCGGAUACGCGAUAUUUUGAUAUUAAGGCGCGCUCAUAGCUUGGCGAAGACAUUUCUGGCAUUUGAGUUUGUUUUUGAAACUUGAUCAAUAAGUUAUGGAAUUAAAAAAAACAGGAAAACA